AUGCCGUCUUCCAUACCAGCACCACUGGCGGCCUACAUUGCCGACUGUCUCACACCUGAUUCUCAGACGCUUGUGACAUCCGUCCUCAGCACGCCGGCGCCAUGGCUCUGCUUGCGCCUAUUGUACGCGGGCCUCUACGGCGUCGAGGACUCCGCGAGACACACCGAGCAGACGGGCCAUGAAGUCAUUUUCGUGAGUCUGCUCAGACCACUGAGCCUGUGGACCGAGAUGGGGAAGAAGAUGGGUCUAGAUCUGCCCUCCCUGUUGAAGAGCAGGCGAGUCAGAUAUAUCGACGGCCUCGCAGGCGGAACCACGUCGAGUACGAUGAGCACAGGUUCUGCCACUGCCGAAUCCGAUCCACAACAGUUACCGACGACGAGACUCAAGAGUAUGGCGUUGAAGGACAUCAGGGAUGCCUUGGAUGGCGUUCUGAAAACGCCGUCUAUCUCUACACCCUCAACGGGCUCGUCUGCUACGCCUCUAUCCUCAUCCACGUCCACCACCGGCUCCGCGAGGGGAGGAGCUCUUACACCCCGAAUUCCUACGGCAGCCGCCACAAGGUCCUUCUCUCCUGCCGCCGGAAGGCCCACCAUUUAUAUCGAUGGCAUCGAUUUCCUCCUGGCGUCGCAACCCGCAAUCUCGACCGUGGAGUUACAGUCCUUCUUGGCCACUCUUCGGUCGAAAUGCCAUGCUUUGAUGUUGGCCUGCCAGGCGGACUCCCCUUUACUGCAUUCUUCUUCGACCACGAGUCCGGAUGCAGGUACGCCGUUGGAGCGCAACCAUGCACAUUUCAUUACAAGCCUUGCACACUCGACGCGGUGGCUGUUUCAGCUGCGAGGGCUGGACACGGGAAGUGCAAAUGACAUCUCUGGCGUCAUCAGAGUAAGCAGAGGAGGCGACGAUAGUAUAGAGUUUGGUCCGAACGAAGGACAAGACAAAAACCAUGUACAGGAUCUGGUCGACGCCGAGUGGCUUUAUCAGCUCAAGGGUGACGGUUCAGUAAGAGUUUGGGCUCGUGGAGAAUGA